AUGCUCCCUGCUAUCCCCAUCCUCGGCGACUAUGGAAUCUCUCCAACUUCGGGAUUUCUGCCAGAUGUCAUCCCCUUGACUCGACUCCCCGAUCCCUACUAUCAUAAGUGGGAAGCAAUCGUCGCCGAACUUCAGGCUCUCAUCCUGAGCCGCCGGAUCCGCCCCGUUGUUGAUCGUCUGCCCGUUCUCUCCACCAUUGGCCUGGAGCACGACGCAGAAUGGCGUAGGGCGUAUUCGAUCCUCUGCUUCAUGGCCCAUGCCUACAUCUGGGGCGGCGCGAGGAGCCCCAUUAUCCCCAUCAUGAUGACCGCCAUCGCCGCUGCACGCCGCGACGACGCUAAAACCGUCACGCGCUGCCUUCGUGCCUUUGCUGAGCGCCUCACUGACCUGACGGCGAUUCUUCAGCGUAUCCAUGAGAGCUGCGACCCGUCCAUCUUCUAUCACAGGAUCCGCCCCUUCCUUGCCGGUACCAAGAACAUGGCCGACGCUGGUCUCCCUCAUGGCGUCAUGUACGAAGAUGCCGAUGGCAACGUUGAUUAUCGAUGCUACAGCGGUGGAAGCAAUGCCCAAAGUAGCUUGAUCCAGUUCUUCGACAUCAUUUUGGGGAUCCAGCACCGCCCCACUGGAGAAAAGCGUCCUGCCGGGCCCGGCGCCGGUAAAACGGGUAGCGCCUCGGGACACAAUUUCAUCAGUGAGAUGCGCCAGUACAUGCCCAAGGAUCACGCGCGCUUCCUGAACGAUGUCGAGAUGGUCGCCAACAUUCGCGACUAUGUCGAGUCGCGCACCGACGACCCCGAUCUUUGCCUGGCCUAUGAUGCCUGUCUCGCCAUGCUUAGCGCUUUCCGAGACAAGCACAUUGCCAUCGUCACCAGGUUUGUCGUGAUGAAGGCUCGCGAGGCUCGCGCCCGGAGCCGGUCUAGAAGCCCCGUCGCAACGCGCCAGCGCCUCAACCUUGCCACCGCCAGCUCCAGGAGCCAGCAGCAGGGUCCUCGCCGUGGGGAGGAGCCUGAUGGGGCUAAGAAGUCGAACCUCACCGGCACCGGCGGUACUGCUUUGUUGCCGUUCUUGAAGCAAGCUCGCGAUGAAACCGGCGAGCCAGCUAUUGCCGAGUGGACCCGCAGCUUCAUGAACAAGAAGAUCAAGUCGGACACCCAUGACGAGAUCUUGAAGAUGCCGGAGCAGUCGGUGCCGGAGGGCAGUGCGGCCCCGAUCGACCAUGGCGCCAAUGGCCUGGCCGGGGCUUGGGAGCUUGAUGAAGAAGGCGGUGGUAUUUGCAACUACUAA